AUGAAAAGUUCUACAUCCAUUAUAGUAUUUCUAUUACUAAUUGGAAUAAUGGCUUCUGCUAGAUCAGAAAAGAAAAUUGUUUGUUACUAUGGUAGUUGGGCUACUUAUAGAAAUGGAAAUGGUAAACUUCUUGUCGCCAUGGGUGGUUGGAAUGAAGGAUCUGAAAACUAUUCGCGAAUUAUGAAAUCUUAUUCGUUACGUAGUACAUUAGUUAAGUCUAUAAUAAAUUUUAUACAAACAUGGGGAUUUGAUGGAUUUGAUUUAGAUUGGGAAUAUCCAUCACAAAGGGGUGGCUCUUCUGAUGAUUAUCGAAAUUAUAUAUCAUUGUUAAAAGAAUUGCGAGAGUCAAGUCCACGAGGAUUUAUAAUGUCAGCAGCAGUUGGUGCCGCCACAUAUUUAAUAUCUAGUGCAUAUGAUGUGAAAAAUAUGAAUAAAUAUUUAGAUUUCAUCAAUUUAAUGACAUAUGAUUAUCAUGGAUCAUGGGAUACGGUUACAGGUCAUAAUGCUCCGUUUUCUAGCUUGGAUAAUACAGUAUCAACUUGGAUAAGAAAUGGAGCUUCACCAAGUAAAUUGGUUUUAGGAGUUCCAAUUUAUGGUCGGACAUGGACUUUGUCGAAUUCAAAUUCACAUGGAGUUGGAGCAUCAACAAGUGGUAUAGGUAAGGCUGGCCGUUAUACUUUAGAAAAAGGAAUGAUGACAUAUUUGGAAAUAUGUGAAGAAUUUCAUUCAUUUCGUGAUUGGGCAAAAUAUUGGGAUAAUCGUGAGAAAGUUCCAUACGCCUUUAGAGGUAAUCAGUGGUUGUCUUAUGAUAAUGUUCAAUCUGUGCAACUUAAAGCUCAAUAUGUAAACGAAAAUAGUUUGGGAGGAAUAAUGGUUUGGUCUAUUGAUGGAGAUGAUGUUUAUGGAAUGGAUGAUGAAAACAAAUAG